AUGCCGUCCGUCAAUGACCCCGAGAUCCCUGAGCUCGCCGACCCCAGCGAAGGCAAGUACCUUUGCCUGACGAUCUGCGGCUACCGCAAGCCGGGCAUGAGUGAGGAAGAUUAUCGGAACCACAUGGUCAACGUCUCCGCUCCAAUGACGAAGCAUCUCAUGGUCAAAUACGGAGUCAAGCGGUGGACACAGAUCCACAAUCAAUCGUCGACCCGCGCCCUAAUGAGCAAACUCUUUGACUCACAGAUGGUACAACUGGCCGAUUUUGACUGCUUCAGCCAAGUCAUCUUCAAGAGCGUCGACGAUUACAAGCGCAUGAAGGAGGAUCCGUGGUAUAAGGAGCAUUUGGUGGAUGAUCAUGAGAAGUUUGCUGAUACGAAACGGAGCAGGAUGACCAUCGGCUGGGUGGAGGAGUUUGUUCGGGAUGGCAAGGUUGUCGAUGGAUUCAAGGAUUGUUAG